AAGGAAUUCUUUAACCUGGCUUUAAGUGGAGUACUCAAUGAACCUUUUAAUGGGGGUGUAAUUUUCGAAGGUUGUGUUGAUCAUAAGAUUCCGUGCAGUGAUCCUGUUUUACUUCGCUGUGGUGUGUAUCGAGCAGUCGGAAAACUCUUCGCUCAUGCUUAUAUGCAUAUUGGCGUUGGAUGUUAUGGACUAAGCCGGGCAGCUGUUGAAUACAUCUUACAGGAUAUUGACUCACAAGAUUUGGUUUCAAUGGAUAUCAAAGAUGUUCCUUGUGAUGUAGUGAGGGGUUUAAUUAAUCUGAUUGACAAAUGGUCGCUCACGCCAACUGACAACUUGUCGGAUGCAGAGCGGCAGUUAAUUCAACAGUUUGCUGACGAAUGUGGGUUUCAGUUUAUCGUUACUCAUGCUCAGAAGAACGACCUGUGGGGUAAAGUGACAGAAGAUACGUCUGACUUUAUUGUCUCUCUGGUUAGACAUUUUUACUUAGCAAUUUAUUUACUUUAACUGAAAUUCGAAUUUCAUCAUACCUUAUUAGAUCAGAAACUGGAAAAUCAUUGGAAACGUCAGUAAUUUAACGACAGGAGAGAUGGCUGACUUGAAAACUUACGCCACAAGCAUAUCAUUCAACCGCCCGGUCACUUAUGAGAAUAAACUAUUACUAAAGGAAGUCUUACUCUACAACAUCGUUAUCGAUUCUAGAAAAUCGCAGUUGGAUGACAUUAAGCGAGGACUUGCUGAAACUGGAAUUGUCAAGUUCCUAAAAUUCCGACCGUACCUUUGGGAGGCAGAUUUCCCUAAUAGUUCCCUACUCAGCUAUUCUGGUGUAGCUAUUUUGAGAAAAUUGGAAUUCAUUGGCCAGGAAAGCAAUGUAACUCGAGUUACAAAUGUAGUCAAAGGUUUUGUAAAUGGUUUUAUCGAUGAUGAGGAGCGCCGGAGUUUCGUGCGAUGUCUUACGUCAUCCCCCCUUUUACCUGCAUCGUCCAUUGCAAUCUAUAUUGGUGUCUACGACUUCCAUAUUUCUACGUGCAGUCUUAAAGUAGAAAUUCCUGCUGAUAUGAACGCCACUCAGAUUUUGGAGAAUUUUAAAUUGGCAAUUCGCUUCGGUGGGUUUGGACGGGCUUAAAAAUUAGGUCAUGAAAGAAGACAACUUAAAUUUUUUUUUGUUCCUUUAAACAUGUUCAAUAACUCGAGUUAUUAUUGCUAAAUAAAUUUA